CGUGUAUUAUGGGACAGAGGAAGUAUCAAUCGAAGAUGAAAAAAAAAAGAUAACUCCAGCUAAAUAAACAUCAGCGCCAGCCAGCACAGCUGCACGGGCGGCUCGUAGCUACAGACGUGGCCCUUUCUUUCCAGUCGGAAACUGGUGGCAUCCAUCGAUAACUGGCCGAACUCUAGCUCGACAAAUCCAUCAUCAGAACCUAUGCACCUGAAGAACGGAAAGGAUACACUAGGUACAACUUCUGAACACUUUCUGUUGACGCCAAACUCCGGAGCCUGAGCACUUUUCUUUCCCCGGAUAACAAUGCAACCAACAAUAACACAUGAUAAAUACCAGUUGAGAGAAGAAGCAGCAGAAAGGGGGUCGGACACGCUGUUCGCGUAUCAGAAAGGCAGCCGCUUGCCAUCCCCCCGGAAAGAAAAUAUCUGCUUUGUCAGGGAGCCAAAACCGGGAACCUCUCUCACAGCAGGGGAUUUGAUCUCGCAGGUACACAGCUGGUGACCACUGAAAAGGAGACGAGCCGAACUGAACCGGCCGGGCGGUCAUCUCAUCUGGACCUGGACGCGGGGAUGAUAGAUACUACAACAUGGCCAAGUGAGGAUGGAUGGCCUGCUCCUGGACUAAAACAAGAUCUAAAAUCGAUGCCCGGCUGUCAAAGCUAGAGUCUACUUGCAGCUAGCGGAUUUGUUUCUGUUUCUGCUCCCAUCCCUGUCUGCUACUACUACUAGCUGCUGAUGCUGAAUGAGAUUCUCAGCUUAUAAAUCCCGUCCCCUGGAAUCCAAAUGGAGAGAUAUCAUAUCACCCGAAGCAGCAGCAUCUUCUGAUCUUCUCCGUUGGAAGGAGAAGAAGAAGUAAAAGCAUGCCUGCUGCUGCUGAUGUCUCCGGGUGCCUCUUGCCGAGGAGCAUGGCCAGCCAGCUGCAGCUGCUGCAGGCAUUGCCGGUGAUCAACAUUGGCCGGCUCGGCGACAAGGACCCCGCCGCAAGGGCGCUCGUCGUCCAGGACAUUGCCCGGGCGUGCCUCGACCGCGGCUGCUUCCAGGUGGUAAACCACGGCGUGAGCGAGUCGGCCAUGGACGGCGCAAUGGCGGCGGCGGCGGAGUUCUUUGAGAUGUCGAACGAGAGCAAGGAGGAGUUCGCCUCUACCGACAUUCGGCACCCCGUCAGGUACGAUACCAGCUCCAGGGACGGGAUCAGCAAGGCCAGGUCCUUCUUCAAGCACUACGCCAAUCCCCUCCCGGACUGGGUCAGCUUCUGGCCACUCCAACCCCCAUCAUACAGGGAGAAGAUGGGGGAGUACGCCAUGGCAAUCCAGGACCUGUCAGUGCAGCUCAUGGGAGCCAUUGUGCAAGGGCUAGGACUAGAACCAAAGUACCUGCAACAAGAACUCACGGAAGGAUUACAGUUCAUGGCGCUCAACAAUUACCCACAGGGAUCAUCAUCUCUAGCACCAACCGAGUCGAUCGGCCUCGCGCCGCACUCCGACUACGGCUUCCUGACGAUCCUGCUCCAAAGCUCACCGGGGCUGGAGGUGCUGCACCACGACGACGCGGCAUGGACGCCGGUGCCGGCCAUCCGGGGCGCGCUCCACGUGCACCUCGGCGACCACCUGGAGGUGCUCAGCAAUGGCCGGCUCAGGUCGCUCGUGCACAGGGCCGUGCUGAACAAUAAUGAGUCCAGGAUCUCCAUUGCCAGCAUCCAUGGCGUCGCCAUGGGCGAGAAGGUUGAGUGCGCUGAGGGGCUCGUUGAUGAGGGACACCCGAGGCUGUAUAAGGCUAGUAGCUUCCAUGACUUCCUUGAAUUCCUGCCCACUAAUGUCAAGGCGUGCCGGAGGUUCGUCGAGACCCUCAAGAUCGAUACAGCUUGAUUGAUGCAGCUAGAUUAACACCUUGGUAUCUAAUUUGAUUCUGCUGCAAUAUGUUAGUGCUCCCUCCGAUUCAUAUUAAUUGUCGAAAUAUUACAUGUAUCUAGACGUCUUUUAGACAUAAAUACAUCCAUUGAGCAAGUUUGAGUCAAUAUGGAUCGAAGGGAGUACUACAUUUGGGUAUGCAUGCCUUGGUCGAUAUUACCAAGUGUCCUGUUACUCCUGUGUGUAUCAGGUGCGAAUAAUAAGGGAGUGAGUAUACACAUCGUAUCAUUAGAGCACGUGUGAUUAGUUUGCCCCUUUUCUUUCUUUGGGGAAAUGCAGCAUGGAAAAGUUUUAUGUCUCUUCCAUCAAAAGGAGGAUCAGAGGAGCAUUGCAAGUGUUCUUUCCGGUUGUUAUUUGGUCCCGCGCCAUGUGUUUGUCACUGUAAUCUGUAAUCGGUUAAUCCAUUUCCUCGCAAUGUACUAAUCUUACAAGA